AUUUCCAAGUUCUUCAGGAGCCAGGGGAUCGGUCACAGUGGUGCGUGGUGGCAUACUGGGAAGAGAAGACACGUGUGGGUCGGCUGUACUCUGUCCAAGAGCCCUCCCUGGAUAUCUUCUAUGAUCUACCUCAGGGGAAUGGUUUCUGCCUCGGACAGCUCAACUCAGACAACAAAAGCCAACUGGUGCAGAAGGUCCGCAGCAAGAUUGGCUACGGCAUCCAGCUCACCAAGGAAGUGGACGGCGUGUGGGUGUACAACCGCAGCAGUUACCCCAUCUUUCAAGUCAUCAAGUCGGCCACACUGGACAACUCUGACUCCAGGACAUUGCUGGUUCACAAAGUGUUUCCAGGUUUUUCCAUCAAAGCUUUUGACUACGAGAAGGCGUACAGCUUGCAGAGACCCAAUGACCAUGAGUUCAUGCAGCAACCAUGGACUGGAUUUACUGUUCUGAUCAGCUUUGUGAAAGGCUGGGGCCAGUGCUACACUAGACAGUUUAUCAGCAGUUGCCCGUGCUGGUUGGAGGUUAUUUUUAAUAACCGAUGA